AUGAAGAGUAUGCUACAAACAGCCGCUUCUUUGGCGGACGAUGAUAACAUGCACUCGGAGCCAUUAUUUAAAUUGAACUUUAAGCAGAUUUCAACCAGUUUUAAAGUAGCAAAAUUAAAAGAAGUGAAUAAUUUGAAGGAGAAGAAGCUAACAGCAAAGCCUAUAACUGGGAAAUCUACUAAACGAGAUGUUAACACCUCUACCAAAACAAUGGUUGCUGGUGGAUCAACAUAUCGUUACACCACUUCCACCACUACCCCAUCUACAACAACACCUUACACCACCCCAACGAGAACAACGACUUCAAUUAAUUUACCCAUGACAACAACCACCAUAAUCUCGACAACAACCGCCAGCAGCAGCACCAUAAAUAUCGCUCUCAAUCUUGAUCUAUAUACUGAAGAUAUUCGAGAAAGUAUUCAAAAAAAUUUACAUCAAAAUCCUGUUGCAAGUGAAGACUCCUUUAAGAAAUCACUUCCAUCUGAAAGAAACGACAUAGAGAAGGAUUCUGAUUUGGAAAAUUUAUCUGAAGAAACAAUUAAGUCUGCAAAAUACAAUGAAACUUCUACCAUCACCAAUGAAAUUAAACAUCAUAAUCCUCCUUCGAUUUCUCACAAAAGCUUUACUACAACGUUCUCUCUACCUUCAUCUACAAAUCCAACCAUCGAAAACCUUAAUGUCUUACCCUCUUUUGAUAUUGCAGAUGAUCCUAUCGAUUUUUUGGAACUUAAGGAGGACGAUAAAACUGGCAAUAGUUUAUUUAAUGAAUUGGAUCACAGUAAUAUAACUUUGGAAGAUUUAAUAGAACAUCGUGUACGUGGUUCUAGCCAACUUCAUUUGCCUACCAUAGUAGAGAAUUCUCCACGAUUUAAUCCCGAUGAAAAGUCUGAACUACAAGAUAAUAUGGACAUUGUAACAGUCAUUGAGAAUUUACCACAUUUCAGUUUGUUCAAUUUGAAGAACCGCAAACCAUAUAAUAUCAAAACUGAAUCCGAAGUUAACAAUUACUUUGACUCCAGCAUUGAUAUUGAGAACACAGAUGAAGUUUAG